AUGGCGCGAAAGCGGCCGCGGCAGAGCGUUUCGGAUAGUCCGACAGCGCUCGAGAAAACCAUUGCAAAUAGUCUGGAAUUUAUCCAGGGAUUUAUCUACACUGCACUGCAGAAGCAGAAGGAGCAAGAACAAGAGAAGGAGAAAGCAAAAAGCGCAAACACAGCCCUCUUCGAAUGCAUCGACCAUCUCACAGCCGACAUGUCACCGAUGGAACGCCAGGAAGCUGUCCGAGAAAUGAAGAGAGCUUGCGUGAGCAUUUGCGGUAAAAUUAUUAAUAAGUCAAAGGAUGCAACGUAA